CCCUUCCGCCCUCUACGCCGCUCCCAUAAAAGCAACGCUCCCAUAACACUCGGAUUUUCCCACGAACCCCGCCCGUGAUCUGCACCCACCGCACAGACAUACACUCAUACAUAGAAGAGACUGACACAGAGCGAACUGCUUAGACGAUAGAGAAGACACGCAGAAUAUGUCGCAGCAUAUCCGUAACGUGUUUGGGGAUGUUGGCAAGGAGGCACGCCCUGUAUUCGUGGCCUAUGUGACCGCCGGAUACCCUGAGCCGAGCGAUACGGUUGAUGUGUUGUUGGCGUUGCAGGAGGGUGGGGCUGAUAUCAUUGAGUUGGGUGUCCCCUUCUCCGACCCAAUAGCCGACGGCCCCACAAUCCAAGACUCCUCCUUCACCGCUCUCUCCCACUCCCCCCCAACCGACAUCCUCCACUGCCUCAAAUACGUCGAACAAGCACGUUCCCGCGGCCUCCGCGUCCCCGUCGUCUUCAUGGGCUACUACAACCCCUUCCUCAGCUACGGCGAAGAGAAACUGAUGCAGGACUGCGCGCGCGCGGGCGUCAACGGGUUCAUCGUCGUUGAUUUGCCACCCGAGGAAGCUGAGCGGUUCAGGGACCAUGCGAGCGAGUAUGGGUUGUCGUAUAUCCCGCUGAUUGCGCCGUCCACCACGAGCAAUCGGAUUCAGCAUCUGGCGUCGGUUGCGGAUACGUUUAUUUAUGUCGUUUCGACUUUGGGGGUUACCGGUGCACGCGCUGCGGUUUCGUCCGAUCUGCCGUCGUUGAUUGAGCGGAUUCGACAGUUUACGAAAUUGCCGUUGGCGGUUGGGUUUGGUGUCUCGACCCCGGAGCAGUUUAGGGAGGUUGGCGCGAAGGCCGAGGGUGUUGUUAUUGGGAGUAAGAUUAUCACUACGUUGAAGGAGGCUGCCCACGGACACCGCGCAAACGCCGUCAAAGACUUUGCGUCCAAAAUCACCGGCCGCACCGUCCUGCGACCAGAAGAACCCCAUGCCCACUCGGACACCCCGCACCUAGCCUCCGUCCAGGAAUCCGGUCCCGCUCCCGCACAAGCCGCGACCGAGACGGUCAGGGCCAUGGCACAGGGUGUCGCUCAGACCGCGCAGGGAGUUGCUCAGACGGCGCAGGGGGUUGCGGAGAAGGUUUUGGCUGCUGCCACGCCGACCGCGCAGGGUGUGGCUCGGACGGCGCAGGGUGUUGCGGAGAAGGUUUUGGCUGCUCCUGUCACGGGAGCGGUCACCGGCACCGUCAAAGAAGUCGCACACGAUGUUGCCGAGAAGGUCAAGACUGCCGUAACAACCCUCAAAACGGGCCUGGCCGCGCGUUUCGGCACCUUUGGCGGACAAUACGCGCCCGAAGCCCUCGUAGACUGCCUCGAGGAGAUUGAGCGGGAGUAUAUGAAGGCGAAGGAGGAUCCGGAGUUCUGGAAACAGUUUAAAGAGCUGUAUCCGUUCAUGGGCCGGCCGAGCCCGUUGCAUUUGGCGGAGAGGUUGACUAAGGAGGGUGGAGGCGCACGCAUCUGGCUCAAACGCGAAGACCUCAACCACACGGGCUCGCACAAAAUCAACAACGCGAUCGGCCAAGUCCUCCUCGCCCAACGGCUCGGCAAAACCCGCAUCAUCGCCGAAACCGGCGCCGGCCAGCACGGCGUCGCCACCGCCACCGUGUGUGCCAAAUUCGGUCUGGACUGCACGAUCUACAUGGGCGCUGAAGAUGUUCGCAGACAGGCUUUGAAUGUGUUUCGGAUUAAAUUGCUGGGCGCGAAAGUCGUUCCUGUUACGAGCGGGAGCAAGACGUUGAAAGACGCAAUCAACGAAGCCAUGCGGGAUUGGGUCACCAACGUCUCCACAACCCACUACCUAAUCGGCUCCGCAAUCGGCCCACACCCCUUCCCCACCCUCGUCCGCGACUUCCAAUCCGUGAUCGGUACCGAAACCCGCUCAGAGUUCCUCGCACUCAACAACAAGCUCCCCGAUAUGGUCGUCGCCUGCGUGGGCGGGGGGAGUAACGCCAUUGGGAUGUUUCACCCGUUUGUAAAUGAUCCGACCGUGAGGAUUGUGGGUGUUGAGGCCGGCGGGGAUGGAGUUGAGACGGGACGGCAUUCCGCGACUUUGAGUACGGGGAAACCGGGCGUGCUGCAUGGGACGAGGACGUAUUUGAUACAGGAUGAGAAGGGGCAGAUUGUUGAGACGCAUAGUAUUAGUGCUGGCCUGGAUUACCCCGGCGUCGGCCCUGAACACGCCUUCCUCAAAGACUCACUCCGCGCCGAAUACAUCCACGCAACCGACGCCGAAUGCCUCCAAGGGUUCCGUCUCUGCUGCCAGCUCGAAGGCAUUAUCCCCGCCCUAGAAUCCUCGCACGCCCUCAUCAAAGCGAUCGAUCUUGCCCGCACUCUGCCAGCUGAUAAAGAUAUCGUGGUGUGUUUGAGCGGGAGGGGGGAUAAGGAUGUGCAGAGUGUUGCGGAGGCGUUGCCGGUGUUGGGCGAGAAGAUUGGGUGGGAGUUGAGGUUUGAGGGUAGCAAGUGAAGAUAGUGGCGGAUCGAACAACUUUCUCACAGUGAGAGCGUUAUCGGGUGCCCCUGAGUGAGGGCGUCCAACGCUUUGAGCGUCCUUUGUGUUUUCUUAUGGAGAUUUGCAAGAUUUUCCCACACUCCCUUAGUUCCAGUUCCGUUCCCUUUAUUGUCUUUUGUUGUUAUUUGUAUCUCGACCAUCUUACAUUCAUAGAUCAUACAUUCUUCCACGCACGCAUCGUGAUAUCUAAGAAUUCCGGGUCGCAGUGGGCGCAAUGUACAGAUCCCUCGCAAGAAGCUGGCUUCCCUUCUAAUUGAAGUGAGCGUCCUAUAAGCAGGAUCCCUUACUGCGAGACGGUCGGAUACGCGUCGAGUGAUGUCACUCAUGACGCGCGAAAGCGAAGUGCAGCGCAAGGGGUGGUUUUUACCGCCCUCAACGGACAACGGACAUCGAUGUGGAGAAUCUGCUUGCUAGUGGCGCAAUAAG